AUGGCGGGGUUCGAAAUGGAGUCCGAAGCAGUCGACGUUACGACCAAUUCCAACUGUGACAGUGAAGAACUUGCCGAGCGUGUCCCGAGCGUGAAUGAGAAGAAGUUGAAGCUCAAGAUAGAUGCACAUGUCUUGCCGAUUCUAUGCGUUCUGUACUUUUUAGCAUUCUUGGAUCGGAUCAACAUAGGCCAUGCAGUCGUCUUUGGACUUGAGGAAGACUUAGGAAUGGAUCCCAAAUCGAACCAGUUCAACACGGCCUUGACAAUAUUUUUCGUACCCUACGUACUGUUGGAGAUCCCAUCGAACAUGGUUCUGAAGAAAUUGCGGCCGCACAUUUGGUUGGCAGGAUGCAUGUUUUGCUUUGGUAUCUUGACUAUCGCUCAAGGCUUCGUGAAAAAUUACAGCGGCCUUCUUGCGACACGGUUCUUGAUCGGUGUGUCCGAAUCCGGGAUGUUCCCUGGAUGCUACUACCUCAUUGGAAUGUGGUACAGGCGGCCCGAUGCCCUACGCCGAUACACUUACUUCUUCAACUCGACGACUCUUGCGGGAGCCUUCGGAGGGCUGAUCGCAUACGGCUGUGGUAAGAUGCAGGGCAUGAGAGGAUACGGGGCCUGGCGCUGGCUUUUCAUUAUCGAGGGUGCCGUAACGUGCUUCGUUGCGGUUCUGGCCUGGUUCCUCAUCUCCGACUUUCCAGAGCAGGCGAGCUGGCUCAACGAGAGCGAGCGGCGAUGGAUGAAGAGGGAACUCAGAGAAGACCACGGGGAUGUGACUAUUGACAAGCCCAUCCGCUUGGGUGAUAUAAUUGAGGUACUGAAAGAUUACAAAAUCUUCUUGGGCGCCUUGAUUUAUUUCUCUUUCUUGGUGCCUUCCUACAGCUAUGCAUACUUUUCACCGACCAUCAUCCAGUCCUACGGUUACAGCAGUCUCCAGACGCAAUUGCACUCCGUCCCACCAUUAGCGAUGGCCUUCUUCGUCUCUCUUGGGAUAGCAUUUGCCUCAGAUCGACUACGCCACCGCUACCUCUUUAUCGUCUUUAACCUGCUGGUCGCCAUCGCCGGCGUUGCAAUCCUGCUAACAGUCCAUGACAAGCCUCGUGUGCAGUACGCUGCGUUGUUCCUCGUUGUCUUCGGUCCGUACUGCGGAAUGCCCGUCGCGUUAUGCUGGUUCACCAUGAACUUGGGUGGCCACCGGCGACGCGCAGUCGGUACCGCUCUGCAGCUCGGUUUUGGUGAGAUCGCGGGUAUCGUUUCCACCUUCCUGUUCUUGUCUAAGGAUGCACCAUACUAUCAUACUGGCUACAGCGUAGCAAUCUCCUUCUUCACCCUCGCCGUUUUCUGGUGCUCUUGCUACUUCCUGGUGUGCUGGUCGCAGAAUCGCAGUCGUGAUCGGCUGAUGGCGGAGGGAUGUUCCACAGAAAACACAAAGCCUGGGGAGGGCGACCUGGAUGUAGCAUAUCGGUAUAUGCUGUAG